CCCGUUUCACAGCUGAUCAGGAAAAUUUGAUUUGACAGAAAAAAGCUCGCAAAAGUAAAAAGUACGAAAUUAAAUUGUGUUUUUAUCUGAAGUCUUCAGUAAAAUCCUGCUCGUCUGUUGGAGCCAAUAAUACAUUCAAAGCUUGAAAUUGCAUCCAUAUUUUGGAGACUAUUGUUCAGGCUUGUCAAAUAAUACACCUAGCAAGUCACUUAUUCGGUACCUACAAUCGUUCGAAUAUUGAAACGUCAUUCUGGAGGAAGUUAAAUAAUAAAAGUACUUUAGAUGAUUUAGAAGAAACCAACCUCUACAAGAUUUUUCGGCCAAAACAUCAGUGUAAUGUCUUUUUCGCUUUUGCGAUGCCUUAACCGGGGAGGAGUAAUAAAUGCCACCAAUAAUGCUACCAAACGAUCACUGCCAGCGACAUCAUCGUCUCCGAUCCUAGGUGUAGCAAGCACGGCACACUAUUCUCGACGCAGCGACCCGAAGAACCUUGAAAGUGUUUUCAAGGUGGUAAAAUCUAAGGCACGCGUCGAAGAUGAUACCGACUUUCUUGGUGGCGAAUGUGGACCGAAUUGGGAAUUGCUAGCUCCCCGAGGAAAUCGCUUUUAUUUUCCAAACGCGGUUGGUCCAGCAUGGCAAGGCGCUUCUACUACCAUCAACUUAGAGGCACCCUUAGAAUCACUAGUUAAUUUUGACGGGAAGGUGGCAAUGCAAGAUACCAUGCUCGAAUUUACUGUUGGUGAAUGCCCAUCACUAAUAAGAAAAUCAUUACAUGAACUUUUUCCUGCCCCCGAAGUAGUGUCUAGUGAUAAAUUGGCUCUAAUGACUUUACGCUUUUCUGGUGAUAACGAACAAGGAGCAUGGAAGUUUGUAUUGGCUGCUCGCGAGAUUACCUCACGGCUCCGUUUGCAUGGAUAUUGGGCUGACUUUAUGAAUCCAUUCAGCGGAAAACCAUUUUACUCUUGGGCAAACGGUAAAAAUCUCUAUAAAGUAGACGACCGCUUCCGAGGAAUUAAUAUGAAGCUUAUUAAGAAGAACGACUGCACAGUGAUCAGUACAGAAGAUGGUGAUUCUACGUUUUCCGGGGUAAUUUACACUAACGCUCCUUGUGACUACUUACAAAUUAAAUCACUUAUUGACGAACAAGUCUAGCAGGGUGGCAGUGCCCCAAAGAACUUUUCAGACCCCUACUUUCGAGCUGCUUAUAAUGGCAGGGUUUCGACUUUUUACACCUACUUUUAUUUGCCUAUAAUAACAUAUUAGCCAUUCGUAUUUAAUUUUUUUUUGAUUGGUGAGAUAAUUAUCCUCAAAUAGGGGGGCCAUGAUAAAAUACUGAGACUGAUUUUACCUUAUAAUGUUUUUAUUCAACAAUUUUAUUGAGGCCAUUUUUUAUGAAAAACUAUUGUGGAAACA